AGGCCCACCCUGCUGCGCCACAGCGCCCCCUAGAGUAUCACUCCUACAAUAAUUUACAAAUAACAAGCUACCGACUAAAAGGGCAGUGGCUUGUUCAGUUCAACAAACAGUGUGAGGUGAUGUAGGUCCAUAUAGAAUGUCUUUCAGAAGAGCGGCUAUACUUGGAACGGAGACCGACGAAAGGGAGGUUUCAGCAGAAACUGUCAGUGGCACGAAAGACAUUCUCUGCAGGGUGUAUAGAAGUGGCUGCUGUCAUUCUGCAUGGGGGGUUUGGGUCGGAGUGCAAAGGUCAGGUAUGUUAAAAGUGGCAGAGAGGGUUCAGGAUCCUGACUGCUCUGGGAAAAGCUGUUGUAUAGUCUGGUGGAGCCGGCUCGUUUGCUCCUGUUUGUCUUCCCGGACGGCAGUACAUGUCCAGGCCCAAAAGAUUCUUCCUGUGUUCACGGAACCCGGUCUCUGUACUCGCUCUGACGAGUGCCUGUUUUCUCUCGUCUUUACGGUAUCCGUGCUCUGUAAUGGCAGUAAACGAGUGCCCCUUUCCUCGGGUGUUUACGGUACUCCGCCAUCACUAUAUCCUUCGCAGGGCGGAAGCUGAAGGUGAUGCGAUGCGACGCGACGCGGCCGCACCGUGAAGCCCAGGCGUUUGUCGGUCCUCCGUGCUUCCGUCUCGCCUCCGUCAUGGAGGUGCUGGCGAACGCGGCCGUGGCCGAGAUCUGCAAGCUGGUGGACGAGGGCUUCGCGCUGCUGCGGCUCGAGGUGUCGCGCGCGCACAAGGAAAACAUGGCGCUGCGCAGGAGGAUCCGCGCACUGGACCCGAGGGGUCCGGAGCCGUUCAGGGACGCCGACAACCCGUGUGCGGACGACGGGAAGCCGUUUCCCGCCCUCAUGGUGUCCCGGGCUCACCGGAAAGGCGAUCUGGCCGCUGAGGACGCUGGAAACGAGUUGGCAGCGAUAGAACAAGCAACAUGUGAGUCACUGCUCAUCAAGGAGGAGAGACUAGAGGAGGACUCGGACCCCAGCGGGGAGCAACACACCGAUUUGAGGCCGAAUGCAGAGGGAGUAGCUGUUGCCGUCGGUUCGGUCUCAGCUAAAAGUUCUCCAGGUCCGGGGGAGUUCACUGAGGCGCUGCGGUCCAGGCACUGUGCACUCGAGAUGAGUGCACUGGAAACGGCCCUCAAGGUUGAGCCGGAGAAGAACAGUUCGAACAGUCCGCUCCAGAACGCUGCCUCAGCUCGCGGCUCCUACAUCAACUAUACUGCGGUGUCCCGUGGCUGUAACCGGCUACGGACUUUCUUUGCACAAGGAGUUGGCGAAAGGGAGGCGGACGACCCGUCCUGUUCUUACGUGACCGAAAUGGAGUCCGAAAGCUUGUCCUUCCACUCGGAGCUCCCUGUGGCGCAGGAGGAUGAGGGAAACUGUGUGCCGUUAGGGUCUCCAGAGGUGAAACGGGAGGUCGUGUCCGUGGAACCCAUACUCGAGGAAGCAGAUCCAGAGAUGCAGUGCGUGUGGAACCACAACACAGUUUCCUCAAGGACCACGUUACUGCCUCGUCGACGGAGCAGAGGGGACGGCAGGAGGGAGAGGGAACAGCAGGAUGAUGUUUUUGGCGUCCAGAUGACUAAGAGUGAGACUUCGACCAAGAUUAAGUCUGCUCCUUUAAAUGUGACUGGGUACGAGCCCUGUGAGACGAGCGCCAUUCCCUCGAAUGACACGGCAGCUCACAGCAAGGCCGGCCGGAGGGAGAAAGUCUUCAUUUGCACCAUUUGUGGGAAGGCCUUCAAUCGGCCGAAAAAGGUGGAGAUUCACCUGCGCGUCCACACGGGAGAGAAACCCUUCCGAUGUAUGCUGUGCGGGAAGUGGUUUGCGGAGUCGGGAAAUCUGAAGAAGCAUCAGCGAGUGCACACGGGCGAGAAACCCUUCAGUUGUGCGCAGUGCGGCCGCCGGUUCGCGUGGAUACGCAACCUAAAAACACACCAGCUGAGGAGCCACAUGUAGCAGGAAAAGAACAUGACCCAACCCACCCUCAGCCUUCUCUUUACCGGUGUUGUGCUGGAGGAAUGGUGUGUGACCCUGAGCAUUGUCCUGUCAUUUCUGUACACCAUAUCACAUGUAAUGUAGAUUGGGGAAAAGGACCAGCUUGUUUACGUUUGGCGAUAGCGUAAAACGGGUGGCCUCAUAUGGACUACACUGCCUUCGUGAAAAGAAUAUUAACUUAUUGGUUAUGUUACACCAAUGCAUAAGUUGUUCUCUUACAUAAAGAGACUGAAUUCUGAGUUUUUAAAAAUUUUUUGAGUUGUCAGCAUUUGUAUUAAGCUGUUAAAAUAAAGAACGUCUUUUGUACAA